UCCUGAGUGUGUGUGUGUCUGGACGGCGAAAUAUUUAGAUAACGGUAUUUAAAACACCGUUUUGGUACAAAUGUAGGUGCUGUAAAUAAUGUGUCGGUUGUGUUUUGUUUUCUGAAGUGUCUAAGUGGAGAUCAAUCGAAAGGCAUUUGACCAGCUUGGGCGAUAAGCGCGCGGUGACUGUCAUCUACAGAAGUUAUCACGAGCGGUCAGCGCGUGUAUUAAGAAGUGUCGCGCGAAAAUACAUGACAUAAGAGCGUCCAGGAAUACAGUUGUGCGUGAUAAUUAAACGGCUUGGAUCCAGUGUUGCGUGCAUGAGGAUUUCUGAUGUAGGCGCCCAGCUUUUAUAUAGCCAUGAAUUGUCUGGAGUGUUUUAGGAGGAUGCAAGCAUGAUAUUUAAUCUAUCAGUCGCAAGGAACAGAUUUAUGAACGUUUUCAACUGUUGAUUGAAGAACCAGAGAGCCUUAAUAGGGACAUCAUGGAACUCUUUUGGAUAGUUUUCUUCAUUUUUGACAUUAUUUUCAUGACAGACUGUGCUAGAGGUCCUCCACGUGUAGCAGAGAAGGUAGCUCACCGUCAGACGGUCAGAAUUGGACGCACCAUGAAACUUCAGUGUCCUGUGGAGGGUGAUCCACCACCCCUCAUCAUGUGGACCAAAGACGGACGAAACAUCCACAGUGGUUGGAUGCGCUUCAAGGUCCUUCAGCAAGCUCUCCGUAUCAAAGAGGUGGAGACAGAGGAUGCUGGGACAUUCAUUUGUAAAGCCACCAAUGGUUUUGGCAGCGUCAACAUUAACUACACCCUCAUCGUCAUUGAUGACUCCAGUGCUGGGAGGGAAGGUUCCAGACCAGCUGGUGAAACCGAGUACUCCACUGACCUGACGGGAAAACUGGUGCGGCCCCGCUUCACACAGCCGGCCAAAAUGAGAAAGCGUGUGAUCGCCCGGCCAGUGGGGAGCUCAGUAAGGCUCAAGUGCACCGCCAGCGGCAACCCCAGACCUGACAUCGUCUGGCUGAAAGACAGCAGGCCUCUGACGCCCGAGGAGGUGGGCGAAGGCCGAAAGAAGAAGUGGACUCUCAGUCUGAAGAAUCUUACACCUGAACACAGCGGCAAAUACACGUGUCAUGUAUCCAACCGUGCCGGGGAGAUCAACGCCACCUAUAAAGUGGAAGUCAUCCAGCGCACAAAUUCCAAGCCCAUCUUGACAGGAACUCAUCCAGUAAACACUACAGUAGACUAUGGUGGCACCACAUCUUUCCAGUGUAAAGUACGCAGUGAUGUCAAGCCGGUUAUCCAGUGGCUAAAGAGGGUCGAACCAGGUGGUGAGAACAAAUACAACUCCACCAUUGAGGUCGGAGACCAUCGCUUCGUUGUGUUGCCCACGGGUGACGUGUGGUCACGACCAGACGGCUCCUAUUUGAACAAGCUACUUAUCACUCGAGCCAAGGAGGAGGAUGCUGGCAUGUACAUCUGCCUAGGGGCCAAUACCAUGGGCUACAGCUUCCGCAGUGCCUUCCUUACUGUUCUUCCUGGUCAGUAUUAUUCUCUGUGA